AUGUUGCUGUGGCUUCUCCUCGGGCUCCUCGAGGUCCCGGGGGUCCUGGGGGGCUGCGUGGAGGUGGCCUCGGGCACCGAGGCCGUGCUGGGCUCGCCCUUUCGGCUCCUGUGCAUCGCCUGCAAGCGCCGCAGCGAGACCCCGGCCGAGGCCGAGAGCGAGUGGUUCUUCCGGGCUGAGGGGGCAGCCCAGUUCCACAAGAUCCUUCACUACAGCCCCGAGGAGGGCGAGUGGGUGGCUCCUGGCCCCUUCCAGGGGCUGCUGGCCUGGAACGGCUCGCGGGGCACGCGGGACCUGCAGGAUUUGUCGCUGUGGCUGCGCUCGGUGCAGCGCGAACACGCCGGCGCCUACGUGUGCGGCCUGCGCCGCAACCUGACCUUCGAGGGCUACACCUACAGCCUGGCCAGGAACCAGAGCCUGCGGCUGGCCGUGGUGGAGAAAGGUGGAAUUUUGGGGGAUUUUAGCCCCUCCCCCACCCCGAAUUUCUCCCCUUCCCCCCCCAGCUCCGAGUACCUGGCCAUCACCUCGGAGAGCAAAGAGAACUGCGGCGGCGUCCAGGUGGCCGAGUGACCACUGAGUGACCCCUGAGUGACCACUGAGUGACCCUGAGUGACCCUGAGUGACCCCUGAGUGACCCCUGAG